CGCGCGCCGCUGAAUUACGAGCCACGCCUACUACUUUAGUACAAGGGUCGUCUUCAGAUCCGCAGAAUGGCGGCCGGUUUGCGGAAACAGAAGAAGUACAACUGGAAGGAGACGAACCUCUCCCUGUUCGGCUCAGACUUGGAGAAAAAGAUCAAGGAGGCUAGUGCCCAUGGCGAGGAAGCAUGGAAAGGAGCAGGUGCAGAAGUCGGCUUGCAGAUAUGGAGAAUUGUCAAAUUCAAGGUGACCCACUGGCCCAAAGGUGACUAUGGAAAAUUCUAUAACGGCGACUCUUACAUUAUCUUGAACACCUACAAAAGGGAUCCCUCUAGUGAGGCCCUAUCGUGGGAUGUUCAUUUCUGGAUUGGCAAGUACUCUACCCAGGACGAAUAUGGUACGGCAGCUUAUAAGACGGUGGAGCUGGACCACUUUCUAAAGGAUGCUGCAGUUCAACAUAGAGAGGUACAGGGGAACGAGUCUCAACGGUUCAGAUCCUACUUUGAUCACAUUGUCACCUGGAAGGGAGGAGCUGAUUCAGGCUUCAACCACGUGGAACCUGAGAAGUAUACUCCACGACUUCUUCACAUCAAGGGGAAGAAGGAUAAUGUGCGAAUUGAGGAGAAGCAGUUGAAGAGAAAAUACAUCAACUCGGGUGAUGUUUUCGUCUUGGAUCUCGGUCUGAAAAUAAUCCAGUGGAAUGGCAAAGAGUCCAACAAAGACGAGAGAAUUGUGGCUGCAUCUUUUAUGACCUCACUAAAGACUGAUCGUGGGGGCCGACCUGCACUGGAGACAGUAGAUGAGCAGGGUUUGAGUGAAAACCAUGAAUUCUACAAGAAACUUUGGGUAGGGCUGUUUGGGUCAAAGAAGACCAAAUCAGCAGAAGCGGGUGGAACAGAUGAAGAUGUGAAGGCUGUAGAGAAAGUUCUUCACAUGAUUCAUGAGAAGAAAGAUCACCAACUUUCUUUCAAGCAGGUUGCCUCUGGUUUCAUUAGUCGAGGCUACCUUGACCCCACUGAUGUAUUUGUGUUGGACACGGGGCUCCAUGUGUUUGUAUGGGUAGGAAAGGAGGCUACAUCACAUGAGAAAGGUGGAGGACUGGUCAUUGCUCAUGAGUAUGUGAAGACUAGCAAGCAUCCCUUCCUGCCCAUCACGAGAGUGGCUCAGGGACAGUCUCUGGAGGCAUUUGAGAGUACUUUUGAUGAUAGAGCAGAGAUUGGAAGCAAUAUUCAAGGCAAAGGAGAUUGUGUUAUACUGUAGCAAAAACUAUUAGCAGUUGGUACGAAAUUUUGUUGGAUACCAUAAAAAAAUUUAUGCGGAUGCAAUGGCGUCUGCUAAGUGCCUCGUACCUGUGGAUACAUUUCGGCAAAAGUACGCGUCAGACUCUGCCGGCGGCUCGAGAGCAGUGUUUAUACUCGGAUCAUUAGCCAGUUUGCCUUCCGAGGACGUGGUUUGCCGACGAUCCAUUACACUGAGCGACGAGGACAAGAACACGUUCUCCAAGACCCUCGCCCUCCCACCAGACCGCUGGACUGAUCUGGACGCGAUUCUAGCGAGAUACUCACAGGACAAGGAAGUGAGCUUUGGCCCUCGCGUAAUUUACGCGACAGGGAACGACAUAUCCUGUGUGUCCGUACUGGCAAAGCUGAGGGAGUUUCUGAAAUCAUCUACCGACAAAGAUGGAGCUGUUAUCCACUACUUUGGGAACGGGAGGAAGUUUCGAGGUGACUGGUGUUUCAGUGAUGGCUACAUUACCUUCCAAGACCUGAUGGAUGUGUACAUGGAGACUUAUCGUGGACGUGUUCUCACUGUCGUCAGUGACUGCAGUCACUCGGGGAGCUGGGUGAAACAGUGUUACCAGUUCAUGGACGGACAAGGAAUUAUCCCAUGUGGGCAUCACGCAAUUGAAAAAGGGGUUCUCGUCAAGUUUUUGCUUCCUGCAAAUCACACCAGAGAGCCAAUGUUUUGGAUACUCACUGAUUGCAUGUUCAAUGAUAAAAUAUGCUGGUUGCACCAAUUCAGAAUUUUCGAAAAUUGGAGAACACACUCGGCAGUUGGGCGAGAUUUUACACAGCGUAGGCUCUGUAGGCAAAUAAUAAGUGGAUGACACGUGUGGACAGGACUGUUCUAUGACCUGGCA